UCCCCCCUCCUCCUUUCUCGCCCCGCUCGCUCACGUGGGCCUAGCCGUCGGGAGGGGGAGCGAGGGGUGCGCAUGCGCCGCCCGUCGGCCCGCGGAGGCGGUUUGUUGUGGUCGCCAUUUUUUGUUGCAUUACUGGGAAAUCCCGGCACCGGAGCAGCAGCCGCCGGCGGAGCACGCCCCUUGCGCUGGGGGUGGGGGCGCCCGCCCGCCCGUCUGCCGCGCCCCGCCCCCAGCGCGCUUCUUCUCAGCCCCGGCUUUCGAAACGCGCCGCGCGGGGCCGCCGCCGCCGCCUCAGGUGGCAGCAGCAACCCACAAUGCCAGCUGCCGCCCUGCAGCCAGGUUGCCUCUCUGGGCCGCUCUCUUCCUACUGAGACAAUCAUGUCGAGCCAGCACAGCCAUGCACCCUUCUCCAGCAUCCAGCCCAUGGCUGAGCAUCAGCAGAUCAUGCCGGACCUGGCCAUCCUGCAGAGAAGGAUCCCGCUCACUUUUCGGGACUCUGCUACAGCGCCACUGCGCAAGCUGUCUGUGGAUCUUAUCAAAACAUACAAACAUAUCAAUGAGGUCUAUUAUGCCAAGAAGAAGCGUCGAGCCCUGCAGGUCGCACCCGAGGACACCAGUACCAAAAAGGAACGGAAAGUGCACAACGAGGGCUACGAUGACGACAACUAUGAUUACAUCGUCCGCAACGGCGAGCGCUGGCUGGAGCGCUACGAAAUUGAUUCACUCAUUGGCAAGGGAUCCUUUGGGCAGGUGGUGAAGGCCUAUGACCAGCAGGCUCAGGAGUGGGUGGCCAUUAAGAUAAUCAAGAACAAGAAGGCAUUUCUGAGCCAGGCUCAGAUUGAGUUGCGGUUAUUAGAGCUCAUGAACCAGCACGACACUGAGAUGAAAUACUAUAUUGUGCACUUGAAGCGGCAUUUCAUGUUCCGGAGCCACCUGUGCCUGGUGUUUGAAUUGUUGUCCUAUAACCUCUAUGACCUGCUCCGAAACACCAACUUCCGCGGCGUGUCUCUCAACCUCACACGCAAGUUUGCCCAGCAGCUGUGCACCGCGCUGCUUUUCCUGGCGACUCCCGAGCUCAGCAUCAUCCACUGUGACCUUAAGCCUGAGAACAUCCUGCUCUGCAACCCCAAGCGCAGCGCCAUCAAGAUUGUGGACUUCGGCAGCUCCUGCCAGCUUGGCCAGCGGAUCUACCAGUACAUCCAGAGCCGAUUUUACCGCUCACCUGAAGUGCUACUGGGCAUGCCUUAUGAUCUGGCAAUUGACAUGUGGUCCUUAGGCUGCAUCCUUGUGGAGAUGCACACAGGAGAGCCGCUCUUCAGUGGUGCCAAUGAGGCGGACCAGAUGAGCCGGAUAGUGGAGGUGCUGGGGCUGCCGCCCCCUCACAUGUUGGAGCAGGCUCCGAAGGCUCGCAAAUACUUUGAAAAGCUGCCUGAGGGGGGCUGGGUCCUCCGGCGGGGCAAAGAUGGCAGGAAGGAUUAUAAGGUUCCAGGAACCCGACGGUUGCAUGAAGUUCUGGGGGUAGAGAGUGGGGGCCCAGGUGGGCGCCGUGCAGGAGAGCAGGGUCAUUCACCUUCCGACUACCUGAAGUUCAAGGACUUGGUGCUGCGCAUGCUGGACUAUGAACCGCGUAGCCGCAUCACCCCCUUCUACGCCCUGCAGCACAACUUCUUCAAGAAAACAGUCAAUUCCAGGGCAAUUCAACAUCGAAGGCCAGCACCUCGGCCUAGCUCAAGUAACGGAGUACUGUGCCAAUUAGACAGCACCACCAGCUCAGUGUCCAGCUCUGGCGGUUCCAGUGGCUCUUCCAAUGACAACCGUGGUUACCGUUACAGCAAUCGUUAUUAUGGCAGCAUGGGCACUGUGCAUGCAGACUGCGAGAUGCAGAGUCCCCAAGUCCCUUCUCAGCAGCAGAUGCGUCUCUGGGCCAGCGGCGACAACGAGAGUAUUCCUCACAUCUUACCUCACAAACCCACACCCAGCCAGGCCAUGCCAUGUUUCCCUCCGACCGGGCACCCCUCGUACCAGCGCCCUCCACUCCCGCUGUCUCCCCCGCUCCCCGAGGCCAUGGAGGUGUCCCUGGGCCCUCGCCACCUGGACUGCAACCCCACCGGCCUGGGCUCCUCAUCCUUGCACUUGGGCACCUCGGCCUUCCGGACUAGGACUGCUGGCGGCUCACGCCCUGAGGGACUUGGCCUCAACUACCCUCUCCGCGGGCGCGGGCACCGAGAAACGGAUGAGACUGCACUGAUGGGUGUCUGCGUGCCCCAGGGCACGGCUGCCAGCUCCUGAUGAUGGACUGGCCCGGCAGGCUAGGAGCCAGUGCCCGGCGAGAGCACUCCCUUGUUGCACCAGAGCCUGGACGGGCCAGGACUGACUGUGUAGGGCAGGGAACCAGUUGGCCACAGAGCGCUUCUCCACACAGGAGAGUUCAAAUGGGCCAGGACUUUUAACGGUGGGACGGGGUCAGGUUGCCUGGCUCGUGUGGCCAGCCUAGAGACCAGGUCCUGUUUGCUACCCGGGACCCCCCUGCUGCAAGUGGUAAGCAUUGUGUUGGGGGAGGGGAGGGGGGAAAACAGUACGGGGGGAAAGCAUGUGGAGCCAGCAUCCUCCCACCCUCACAGCCCGGAUGCCACUUCCCCUCUUUCUGGUCAGUUCUUUCUCUGACUCGUGUGGUUCCUCCUGGCCACUGCCACAAGCCUCCCCCCACCCCACCUCCCUCGAAUCACUCAGCGGCAGAUGGGCCUGACAGCCAUUCCCUUCCCUGGUGCGAGAGAUUUCAACACUCCUGUGUGCUUGGACGGACAGACAGACAGACUCCUGUGCACUACCUGGACUUGAUAGGCUUGGCGGCCUGUGUUGGUCCCAUGGGAAUUGCUGCUAAAAAAAACUCCCCCCUCCCCUCCCCCCGCUUGGAAAUAAAGGGUUGCCCCAACCAACGAUUGAAUGUUUAUGCUGACUCAUGUGCAGCCCUCUUGGACCUGCCUCUUGCUGUGUGUACAUGAGGGGGGAACAGUGCCUAGGUCCGUGCUCCGGCACAGUCGAGCUGUUUUAACCGCACGCGCUGCCUUUUCCCGAGCGAGGCGGCAAAGCGGGGGACCUGACCCGAGCCUGGACCGCGGCUGUGAACUUUUAAACUCUGCCUUACUUGAGCGCAUGCAUCUUUGCACGGGAUUCUGUCUGAGCUCAGGCUGUUUUCCUUAAGAUUCUGCUCUCUUGAGUAGGAAAAAGUGUGAAAACUGUGCAGAGGAUGUGGGGAAGUGACCCAGCCGUCCCUCUUUUUCUUCUCGUGUGAGGUUGGCCCCCUUCGCCCACUCGACUUGCCCCCACCGCCAUAACCGAUUUUUCACGUGAAUAUCAAAGUAUCCAAUUUGUACCGAACAGGCGAGGAACCGAAACACAAGAGAGCAAGACUGGGAGCCUCCUGCCGAACAGGUCUCCUCGUUCCACCUGCCGCUUAACGUUACUCGCUAGCUUACGUGGUGCCGCCUUUCCGUACAGCUUGGCAUGAGGGGCGUUAUCAGGCCAGGCUUUAUUAAUGCGCUUUCAUUAGUAGUGUGGCAUGCCCAUAUUCUUUUUCCUGUCGAGCAGGGCGGGUAAGCUCUUCCUUUCAGAAGGGUUUGAAGCACCCCGGGCGGCUCUACGUUGUCACACACACACACAAAAAAGGCGAGUUGCCGAUUUGCGCCGAGGCCUAAGGUCACCCGGGCGUCAGUGCGUGGUGGAACUGUUAAAUGCGGUCAGGACAAGGGCGAUGGUAAACCCUUUUGCUCUGGAACAGAUUGGCCACCAGGACUAGAACGAACUGUGAGUGCUGUCCAUUGUUCUCUAGAGGUAGGGCAUUUGGCCCCAGGCCCAGUUGCUGAUGGGGGAGAGGACAUCUGGGUGCAAGUGGCUGGGUCGCAGCUAGCUUACUCUCCAAGGAUUUGUGUCUUGUAUGCGAUCUGUCGAGUGCACGAUGUAUAUGCAUACUUAGUCCUACUAUGUCUGCACUACAAGUAGCAGGGAAUAAUUUGAUGCAGGGUGUCGGAUUCAGCGUCCUGAAAACCAUGUUUUGAUAAAGAAUAAGAAUGGCUAUAAGGACAGGCUGGGGUAGUGCAGGAAGUGUCUAACUCAGAGGGGUUUCCAUUGGCCAGAGAGUGGGGUUUCAGAUCCCUGGGGCUCUCCUUUCUGCUCACCCCGAUAACAGUAAUUCAGAACUGGGCUCGUAACCUGCAUAUUGUGAACAGCCUUUCCGGGUGCAGAUUUUGUUGCCCUUAACUGUACAGUAGACACAGUCUUAUAUGUGCCACCAAUGGAGGGGGGUGAAGGACAGCAUAGGGAUGAUGGAAUGGCACUGGUGCCCAGGUAGGAAGUGUAGGUCGGAGAGUCAGCAGUGGCUGUAAAUGGGCCUUUUAAAAAAAAUAUAUGGGAAAACUUUGUUUCAGAUACGAUGUUCAUUAGGCACUGGGCAAGGGAGCACCUGAUGUCCAUUAAGCACCACCCACGUUGUAAGCGCCGUAGUUUCUGGAAGCUGGCCAACCUUGGGUUCUGAAUGGAAUUAAGUUUGUGACGGUUUGAGCCAAAACCAAGGUCUCGCAAGGAAUUGCUUAACUCGGGAAUGUAUUCCAUUAGUUCUCUCUACCCAUUUAAAUUAUAAAUGCUGAGAAGCGAUGGUCA